AUGGAGCAUCGUAAGCUCGCGUAUGAAUUUACUCGGAAAGUUGGCGCGUCGUAUCCGGAUCCAUGGAACGACAAUCAACAGGCGAGUAAGGAUUGGCAGUUGGCGUUCAUGAAACGCCACAAAAAUUUGUCACUGCGAACACCAGAGCAAACCUGUCAAAACCAGCGCAAAGGACAAAAGCAGGUCGGCUCAUCAACAUCUGCCGAAAAAGGCACCAAUGUGUCUUUGGCUUUGGCCGUCAGCGCUAGUAGCCAGUCUAUACCGCCAUUCUUCCUAUUUCCCCGAGUCAACAUGAAAGAGAUUUUUAUGACUCAUGCGAGUCAUGGCGCUGUUGGUGUUGCGAACGGUUCUGGUUACAUGAACUCUGACGUAUUCCCUCAAUUCAUGCGUCAUUUCAUCAAGCACACCGGUGCUAAUGCCGAUUCGCCAACCAUGUUGCUGCUGGACAACCACGGUUCGCAUUUAUCGAUCGAGGCGAGAGAUUUGGCGUUGGAUUAUGGCAUCACAUUGCUGUCUUUUCCGCCGAAAUGCACGCACAAAAUGCAGCCGCUAGAUGUUGCGGUAUUUGCACCAUUUAAAGGCAUGAUGACCGUGAGGCGUGAUGCAUGGAAAAAGUCCAACAUUGGUGUCACUUUCAAUCUGCAUCAUGUGCCGCUCCUUGUCGAUCAGUGCCUCGAUGUUAUGUUAACGCCGAAAACCAUCAAAUCCGGCUUCCGAACAACUGGCAUCUACCCGUUCAACCCGCAAAUUUUCACUGAAAUAACGGGUAUUAAUGUCGCUUACGUCUUUUUUGCUGUCAUGCUGGAUAGCUACUAA